GCACUACAACACCACCAUUGUUGCUCUUCCUUUGUCCUUCCCUUCUAGUUCUACAAACAAUUCAAACGUUAGUCACACCCAUCUCCACUCUGACAUCAGGAAACCAUACAAACAGUUCAAGGCUGCAUCACUUGAGGAAGAAGUGAAACCUAACUUGUGACCGCGCGCCUUUCUCCACUCAGACAUGGCAGAGCCUCGCAUCCCUGGGAGGAUGAACCGCCUCUGCUGUCCAAUAUGCGACGAGGUUCUCCGGAACCCCACGACUAUUACCUGCGGACACAAGUUCUGCAUGCAGUGCAUCCAGGACCACUUUGCUUGUGACGAGAGGGCGAACCGUCUCUGCAGCUGUCCUGAAUGUGGUCAAAAGUUUCCCUCCAGACCACAGCUGAUCAGGAACGCACCUCUAGUUGACUCGGUGAGGGUCUGGGACACAGCGAACACUGCCAGUGAGAAGAGGAAGCAUUUAGAAGCGUCAAAGGAGGCCCCGAAGAGAGCCCGAAGCUGUUCUGAAACACGAACAUCAUCAGGAAGCACUUUGUGUGUGAGGCACAGCAGCCCUCUGGAUAUUUACUGCUGCACGGACGAGCAGAUCAUAUGUGCAGUGUGUGCUCAAGCUGAGCACAGUGGACACACCAUAGGGUCGGUGAGGGAGGAAAGGAGGAGGAAACAGGAGGAGCUGAAGAACAUACAAACAAAAUCCAAGCAGAUUCUCCAGAAACAAGAAAAGAAAUGGGAUAACAUGGGGAAGAUUCAGAUUCAGGAGGAGGCAAGAGAAACACAGGACUACUGUGGGAGCGUCUUGGCCGGCGUCAUUGACUCCCUCCAGAGACAUUACAUGUCAGUGAGGGAGCUGAUCAGAGGUCACGAGGAGGAGGCAGCAGCUCAGGUUGAGAGCUCCCUACAGACCCUGCAGGUGAAGAUGGAGGAAAUGAGGAAGAGGGAUGCUGAGCUGAAUCGUCUGACACAGACUGACAGCGAUGUCCAUUUCUUGCAGAAAUGCCCCUCCCUGCAGCACCUCCGUGAAAAAGAACCUCGCCAUCUUGUCCACGAGGUCUCAGAGGAUCCACUCCUCCCCUUUAAGUGUAUAAAGAGAGCUGUCGACCAGCUUGGGAAGCAACUGGAGGAAUUUUGCGACAAAGAAUUUGCCUCAAUCUCUCAAACCGGUCUCUCUGGAGUUAACACUCUGACUGAACAGAACGUGGAGCCUAAAACCAGAGCAGAGUUCCUGGAGUAUGCAUGUGGCCUCAGCCUGGACCCCACCACAGCUCAUGAGGACCUGGUUAUUCAUGAGGGAAACAAAGAGGUGAGAAUGAGCCCUCUCCAAUGUAAGAGCCAAGCUAUUCGUCACCCGGAGAGGUUCAUCCACCGACGGCAGGUGCUGUGCAGAGAGGGGCUGCAGGCAGAGCGCUGCUACUAUGAGAUAGAGGUGGAAGGAGAAAAGGCUGAGAUCGCCCUCACCUACAAAGGAAUAGACAGGAAAUCUCGCACUGCACUGUCAGCUUUUGGGGGCAAUGCAAAAUCCUGGAGUCUUGAUCGCUCCACAAACUACUCUGUGAGCCACAGAGCUGACAGCAUUCAACUGACAACAUACCCCAGUCAGCGCAGGCUUGGCGUUUAUCUGAAGUUUAAGGAGGGAACUCUGUCAUUCUACGAGGUGUCAGACAGUAUGACGUUUCUUUACAAGGUUGAAGCUAAAUUCACAGAGCCUCUGUAUCCAGGCUUCUGGCUUGGAGAGAAAUGUUGCAUCAGGAUCUGUGAUUUGAAACAGGACAGACUGUAAAACUACCUGUGAGGUUCAUAGACCGGGCCAUGACUGAAUCUCCUCAUUUGUAGUCUUUUGAUUGUUUUGUUGUCUUCUAUAUGUGGGGUUGCUCAAUAUAAAGUAGCCCCAAAAUAAAAUGCAUUACACAGUAGAGCCCUCUGGAGCCACAUCUCAAUAGAUUUUUUGGUUAUAUGAAUGAAAUGUCAAAAUGAUAUAUUUGUUCCUUUCUCAAAGGAACAUAAAUAU